UUUCCGCUUCCGGGUGUGGCGCUGAUUGUGCGUGUUAGUAACGGAGCGGGAAGGCCGGAGCGUGGCUGUCCUGAAGCUCAAGAAGUAAAAGAAAGCGGUCGGCGGACUAGCCAGUCAGCGAUGGGGGCCAGCGGGGAGGACGCGGCUGAGAGCGAGGAGCGCUUCGACGGCAUGUUGCUAGCCAUGGCCCAGCAGCACCAGGGCGGCGUGCGGGAGCUUGUGAACACCUUUUUCAGCUUUUUGAGACGCAAAACUGAUUUCUUUGUAGGAGGAGAAGAGGGUGCUGCUGAAAAGUUAAUCACAGAGACAUUCAGCCGCCACAACAAACUGGCUCAGAAAGCACAAAAAGAAAAGAGGGCCCGUCAAGAAGCAGAGCAGCGGGAAAAAGCUGAACGUGCUGCUAAACUUGCCAAAGAAGCAAAGCAGGAAGAAAGCGAGCCGAGAAUUAAGGAGUUGACUGAUGAAGAGGCAGAAAGGUUGCAGCUGGAAAUUGACCAGAAAAAAGAGAAGAAAGAAGAUGAGGCCCAGGAUGUCCCCGUCCAUUCUGCUGCGAAUCUAGUGGAGCCCCCAGAGCUGAGCAAGCAGGAUACAGAUGAGGAAGAAGAAGAUGAGAAGGACAAAGGCAAGCUUAAACCAAAUUCUGGGAAUGGGGCCGACCUUCCAAACUACAGAUGGACACAAACUCUCUCUGAACUAGAUCUGGCAGUCCCAUUCAAAGUGAACUUCAAACUGAAGGGGAAGGAUAUGCAGGUUGACAUCCAGAGACGGCAUCUGAAGGUGGGACUGAAAGGCCAUCCUCCUGUGAUUGAUGCAGCCUUGUACAAUGAGGUGAAGGUGGAGGAGAGCUCGUGGCUAAUAGAAGAUGGGAAAAUUGUCACCGUACACUUGGAGAAGAUCAACAAGAUGGAAUGGUGGAGCAAAUUAGUUCAAACAGACCCGGAGAUUAACACCAAGAAAAUUAACCCAGAAAACUCAAAAUUAUCAGAUUUGGACAGUGAAACGCGCAGCAUGGUGGAGAAAAUGAUGUAUGAUCAACGGCAGAAAUCAAUGGGGCUUCCGACAUCUGAUGAGCAGAAGAAGCAGGACAUACUGAAAAAAUUCAUGGAACAGCAUCCAGAAAUGGAUUUCUCCAAGGCAAAGUUCAAUUGAUACUGUUGUCCUCUUCUUUUCCCCCCAUCCACCACUGGUGUAACUUACAAAGUUUUACAGAAAUGACCAGGCAGGACAGUAUAUACCUUUCUCCCUGCCUUGAGGUAGCAUAAGCAUUUGCAGCAUACCAGGGUGAGCUUUCUGUGUAAAAAGCCAUGGUGGUUAAACCAACAUUCAGUUUAGGUUCCUGGAUUUUCAGCAACAGUAUCAGUCAGCUGAAACCUGGAUUUUAUCUUUGUGUAGGGCAACAUAUUUCAGGGGGAGGUAGGAGUAAAGGAAAACAGAAAUUCAUGAUGAAAAUAAUCCAUUCCCUUGGGUCUCCCUUAGUCUAACAGAUGUAGGAAACGAAUGUUUAAAUUUACAUUUUUAAGGAACUGGAAAGACAACCUUGAUCACUCUUACUUCAAUUCCUGCUCUCAAACUGAGCACUGGAAUUUGUCCCUUAAAUUGUCCCAUUAUCACUCCUGCUGACAUUCUUACUUCAAAUCUGGCAAGUCCCCGCAGAAUGCUAACUUGGUGGAGCAAUUCUGAAAGCAGUUCCAGACAUAAGAAAUGCCAGUCCAUUCAUCCAUGAGUGCCUUGUGCUGGUUGCACAUGCACUGAAAUCUUCAAAGAACCACCCAUGAUGUGCACUUAGCUUGUGCAGGUUCCUAUUUGAAAGUUACAGUAAAAGCACGGAAAGCACCGACAGGAAGAACCCCUGUGUCUGCUUGUUGGUACUUUUAUAUCCUCCUGUUGCUCUGACAUGCUAAGUUAUAUGUCAGGUAUAUGCUAAGAAUGUCAGGUAUAUGCUUGGAGGCCAUGGAGCUAGACUACUGUGGUCAUGUGUUUAAGAUUUGGGGCAGCUCGUAAAGAUACUGUUUUUUCCUAGGCCAGUGCAGUAAGCCACUGGUUUCUGGCAUAUCAGUUCUGUUUUCAUUACAGCAAAUGGAUCUGUUCAUAACUUUUUCUGCCAGGCGCUGUUGUAACCAUCUCAGAACUAUGAUAGCAUGGAUCUGCUCCAGACACUAGAGGUUCUGGUUUCAAUGCUGGUGUUUUGGCCUUACAAAACCAACCUUUAGGAAUAGAGAGGGGCUUUAAAAGACUGAAUACUUUGAGGAAGUUGGCUUAAACUCUCUAUUCUUGCUGUACCUAAAAUAAAUCGAUGUGAACUGUGCUGGCAUCUUACUGUAUUAUACUGAGAGUAAGCAAGGUCUACAGGGAGCAGGUUGGAUGGGAGGCAGGUUUCCAGCUUGCCAACUACCCAUCUUGCUAUUCCCCCAUCUGCUGGAAAGGGAGAACAAGAACCUUCUGCAUGUUUUUUUUUGUGGCUUAGAAAUAUCUUGUGCUCUGCAUGUACCAUUAAAAAGGAGAUGAUUUCA